UCGAGUUACCAUCUUACAAUAUGACUAUCUUGUUCGAUGGCAACACCGCACAUGUGGCAGGACAAAUUGAAGCUAUGGAGGGUUUGUGUGGCAGUCCCUCUGAUUCCAGCAAGAUGACCAGCCUAGCUGCAGAGAAGUCCUCUUCCUCCAGCCUCCCUGGCUGUGAGAUUCAGCACACAGACACGGUCGACAACUCGAUCGACUGCAGCCUCGCCACCGACCACUGUAAUCUCCUGAGGCAGGCUCCCUUCUCCGCCUGUCACAACCACACCGAUCCAGAGCCGUUCAUCACCGCCUGCACAGAAACUUUGUGUAACUACCGUCUAGUUGAUGGUGUCGACUGCCAGUUCAUGGAGGCUUACGCCCAGUCCUGCAGUCUGAAGGCAGAUAUCACCCUGGAGGACUGGAGGUCAACAACCACCUGCUCUGAAGUCCCUGUUUGUCAGCAGCUCUGCAGUGAACAUGAGUUCUGUGGAGAUAAAAGUGGGCGUGGCCUCUGCCUCUGUCGGGGUGUGUUCGCCUCCAAAUACACACCAACCAACUCUUUAGGCGAGCCGGCGGUCUGCAGGGAGGACUCGGCCUCUGUGACUCUGGCUGGAUGUCUUCUGGCUGACAAAGGCAUCGAUUACUCAGUUUUACAUCUGAACGACCCCAACUGCAAGGGCCAAAUGGACAACGAGACCCACAUGGUGACCUUCGGAUUCGACAGCAGCAACAUCUGCGGGACGGAGGUCGUGAAAAACAACAGCAUGAUCCUCUACAAGAACGCCAUCAUGACGAGGAACAUGUCAGAGUACGGCGUGAUCACGCGUCACGACCAGAUCCAGAUCGACUUCUCCUGCCUGUACAAAGAGCCGGAGAUCAAGACUUUCGCCUUCAGGAUCAAAGACAGCUCUGUGGUGCAGGAGCUGACCUCUGGAGAGUGGAACUACACCCUGCAGAUGAGCGCCUACCUGGACCAGAACCUCCUGUAUGUCGUGAAGCCAGAGACAGAGCUGCUGCUGAACCAGAGGAUCUGGUUAGAGCUGAAGACGGAGGGUUUGGACGGGAACAGAGUCUCCAUCGUGACCGACUCCUGCUGGGCCACCAGCCAGUCGUCUCCAAACAACAAUCUGAGAUACGACCUCAUCAACAGCGGAUGCCCGAACGCUAACGAUGAGACGGUGAAGAUGAGUGGAAACGGACAGGGAACCUCCAACGUGUUCUCUUUUAACAUGUUCGAGUUCAACGGAGGAAACAGAGAAAUCUUCCUGCACUGCAAACUGGAGCUGUGCGUCAGGAUGGGAAACUCCUGCCAGCCGACCUGCAACCCUCGCUCUCGCAGGAGGCGCAGAGCCUCUAAAUAUGCGGACAAAAACCCAGCCAUCAUCUCCAUGUCCUGGACGAAAUAAAGACCAUUAAAUUUCGUGGAUAAGGAGUCGGGAUCCUCUCUGCUGGGAAGAAGCUGCACGAUAACACCUGAGAUAAUUGAAGAUACAGUCGCCUCUGAUUUAAAACAGAUGAAUCACCCAAGCUAUUAAGACACUUAGAUAUCUUACAUAUUUUGUGCAAUAAAGAUAAUGUCCCUUAAUAUAUGUUUACUUUCUAUUUUAACGUUUUAACUACCUACUUUAGACAGAUGCGACCUCCUGAAUGCAGAAACUGAAUGUUUGUGUUGAAGUGACGAGAAGUUUAAAGAAGCAUUUCAGCAGGAAGGAAAUCCUGAACUAAAUGGGAAUCUUAAAAUAUGAGUUAUGAGCGGGUGGAAGUCACGACUAAUGAAGAAAUAAAUAAAAACAGUGGUUGCUGCUGAGUGUGAUUAUGUGUUGUAAUAAUGACUAAUAAUACAA